AUGGUCUUUGCAACUUUGUGCAAUGCGUACACGCAGAUAUUUCCGCCGAGUCCUGUCUUGACAGAGCAGAAUGUUCCCUCGCAGGCCGGUCGAGUGUUCAUCGUGACCGGAGGAAAUGGCGGCGUCGGUCUCGCGCUGUGUCGCAUCUUGUAUGGCACCGGUGCUACGAUCUACAUGGCAUCCAGGUCAAAGGAACGCGCUGAAGAAGCGAUCCGGUCGAUCGCCAGUUCGUCGCCGACUCCUGCAAAUCCGGGUCGCCUUCUGUUUCUACAACUGGACCUGAACGACCUUGAGUCCGUCAAAGCGGCCGCUGCCCAUUUUGCAACUCAGGAGACGAAGCUCGAUAUUCUGUGGAACAACGCCGGCAUGGGUGCCAACCGCGUCGCCCCCGGUACGCAAACUGCACAAGGCUUCGAAGCUAUGGUCGGGAUGCACUGUAUCGCCACGCUGCUUUUCACCGAUCUGCUGCGUCCGCAGCUGCGCAGCGCCGCGGCAUCUCAGCCGACCGGCGCCGUACGCGUCGUCUGGACGUCGAGCUAUCUGGCCGAGGGCGGAUCGCCGACGAACGGCAUCGACUUUGCUACACUCGGUAAAGGCAGCCAAGACCGCGUGGUCAAUUACGCCGUGUCCAAGGCCGGCACCUGGAUGCUGGGUCGCGAAAUGGCGCGCCGGUAUGCGGCGGACGGCAUCGUCAGCGUGGUGCAGAAUCCCGGCAACCUGAAGGCAGGCUCAUACGAGGGCACACCGGCCUUGACGAUGUGCUUCGUGCGGCCUCUGUUGCACGAGACCCGGUUUGGGGCCUAUACGGAACUCUACUGCGGCCUCAGCCCCGACAUCACGGCGGAAACGAGCGGUGCCUAUGUCAUUCCCUGGGGAAGAAUACGGCCGGACAAGGACUGCCCUCGAACGGAUAUAAUCAAGGCGAUGAUGCCCGUCGAAGAUGGAGGAUUGGGUUAUGCCUCGAAGUUAUGGGAUUGGUGCGAGGAGCAAUGGAAGCCAUUUAUCUAG